AUGAUUGGCAAUCACUAUGAUAUCCUAGGUGUUAAGAGAGAUGCAAAGUAGCCGCAAAUAAAGAAAGCAUAUCAUAAAUUGGCCUUGAGAUGGCAUCCUGAUAAAAACAGAGAAUAACGAGCAUUUGCAUUAGAUCAAUUUCAUCGAAUAAAUGAGGCUUACCACACAUUGUCAAAAUUAGAUUUGAAAAUACUCUAUGAUCAUUAAUUGUCUCAAUAUGAAUCGAUCGAGUCAAUCAAAAGUCUGAUAAACUUGUUGAAACAGAAUGAUUCAAAUGAUUAAAAUAAUGAUUUUGAUUAUUCCUACGAUAAUUUUUUAUCUGAAGAAGAACAAGAACUUCUACGAUAAUUUAAAUAAAGAAUCAACGAACCUGGCAUUUAAAAAAAAAUCAGAAAAUCUCACUGA